CCAAGACGAAACUCCACACAAACAAAGAUGGAGUCAAAGGAACAAGAACAACGAGACGUUACAACAUUCUCCGAUCUUCCCGAAGAAAUCUGGCUACACGUUUUCUCUUUUUUACCAGUGUCUGACAUUUUUACCAUCGGCUGCACCUGUCAUCGGCUUUUUUAUCUUACGAAUCAAGAUGUGGUUUGGAAAAGAAGAUUUCGAUCGAACAACGAUCAUUUAUUAACUUUACCUUCUGGCAAUAACAACAAUUAUCAUUCCUCGUCUAAAAAUAAUAACAUUCGUAAAGGAAUUUGGAAAAAACUUUAUCUGAAGGCUAGUUAUGCUAUGUCUUUUGGGCUCAGGAAGGCAAACAAGGACGGGCAGAGACUUUGUGCGGAGUUUGUGAGGAGAACAUCAGGUAGUGGAAUUCGGUUUGAUAGUGAAGCACCAGAAAGCAUGUCUGUCGAGUUAUGGAUAAAACUGCAUAAGAAAAAACCUGAUGGGAUUAUACUUGGUUGUCAGAGUGAAUCUAUGAGUUCUGCUCGUUGGGCAACAUAUCACUGGCAGCUACUGCAUAUAGGGCCUGACAGAUGUAUAAGAGGAUCAUUGGAGCCUUACAAGUUCAUGAAGGGGCCAAGGCUUGAUGAUGAAUGGCAUCAUGUAGCUAUCACUGCAUCAUCUGACAGCCAGACAUUAUUAGUUGACGGGGUUAUUGUGGAUACUAUUAACUUUGGCAUUGGCCAUGAAUAUCAUAGACAUUUUAUGAGAUAUUGUCAGCUUGGCAAUGGAAUUAUCAGUUAUGGUGACCUAACCCCAUGGACAUCUGAAGCAAUGCCAUCUAAUCACUGUGACUGGUACCCAUUCUUUGGCCUGGUGAGAGAACUAAGGAUUUGGUCUGGCAAAUUACCAGAUUCAUCUGUACAACACAACAUGUACAAACACAGAGUUGACUUAUUGUCACAUGACCACAACUGUGUUCUGAUUGGUUACUGGCCUUUCAAUAGACUUGCGUCAGGUCCCUGGCCUUGGCAGGGGUCAUUAGUUUCAUGUAAAUCACAUUUAGAAGAACCAAAAGAAAAUAUGUCACACUUGAGAACAGUUUGUUCUGCACUUCCUUGAAAAUGAUCACCAAGAAACUUGCUUAAUAAUAACAGACAUGUGACAGUCACAACUGAUAUACUGCUGGCCCUCUAUGUUCAACAUCAUAGAAUGAGAUGACACCACCAUUUUACAUGAUUAUCUGAGCCACAGCGAAGGUUUAACCUUUUGCAGAUAUUUUUGAAGCAAAGGCAACAUUUUCUACUCAGAUAUUUCAAAGUAUUGGUUAGGCCAGACUGAUGCCUAACUGAGCCAACCAAGAGGCAGCUGAGUAAGCUACUUAACGAUACAUGGAACACRAUCGGGUCGGGUUUUUUGAACGCUCAUAGCGCUUUUAGUUUAUAUAAAUUUCCCCAUAAAGUAUACAUUUUCUAACAGCUUAAAGUUCAAAUAUUGCAUAUUCGAUUUUACUUUUGGACAAAAAUAAUUCAUUUUGGAUAAAUCGGGCAUUGAUUGCAAACGCUAUGGUUCGACGCGAGAUGUUUGUUCUCCCUCUGGUUAGCGUAAACGGAUCAAAUUUUUUUUGCAUCUUAUUACACGUAUGUUGUUCUACCAAAGUGUGUCUGCGUUUUUUCUUUUAGCUCUUCUUUAAUCUUUUAUUCAAUUCCAAAGUUAUAACUACAUGUUUUUAAGGGCAUUCUUGAGAAAAUGGCAAAUAUCUGASAAAAGAAAAGGAAAAUGAAAAAACGCAGACACAUUUUUAAACUCGAGCAUAGUAGGAAUCCACAUGCCAUGUUUCACGGUAAUUGAUCAAAAACCGAGGGAGAAUAAACCUUCUGAAAAUGUGUAUUUUACCAAAAACUACUUUUGAGAAAAACACAAGUUUAGUUUAAUGGGA